UCCCUGCGCGCCAGAGGGGUCUCACCGCCUCUUCCCACCGCUAGGGCCGCCUAGCCCCUCUCUGUCCGGUGAGGCUCACGCACCGACCCGCAACGAGCUCGUCGCGGCGGCGGUUGGACCCGAGCUCGCACAGCAGGCUCACAGAUGGGUCAGGGACUCUGGAGGGUUGCUAGGAAUCAGCAACUGCAACACCAAGGAUUCAGUGGACAAGGCUAUCUUACCAGAGAGCAUGGUAGGAGAAUAGCCACUAACAAUGUCUCCAAUACAAGCCACCGGAAACAAGCCCAAGGAGGUAUUGACAUCUACCACCUGCUGAAGACAAGAAAAUCUAAAGAACAAGAAGGAUUCAUUAACUUGGAAAUGCUGCCACCAGAGCUUAGUUUUACCAUUUUGUCAUAUCUGAAUGCAACUGAUCUCUGUCUAGCUUCGUGUGUCUGGCAGGAUCUCGCUAAUGAUGAGCUCCUCUGGCAAGGGUUGUGCAAAUCCACUUGGGGUCACUGUUCUAUAUACAAUAAGAAUCCACCUCUAGGAUUUUCUUUUAGAAAACUGUAUAUGCAACUAGAUGAGGGCAGCCUCACCUUUAAUGCCAACCCUGAUGAGGGAGUCAACUACUUUAUGUCCAAGGGCAUACUAGAUGAUUCGCCAAAGGAAAUAGCUAAGUUUAUCUUUUGCACAAGAACACUAAAUUGGAAGAAGCUGAGAAUCUAUCUCGAUGAAAGGCGAGAUGUUUUGGAUGACCUUGUGACGCUGCACAACUUUAGAAAUCAGUUCUUGCCAAAUGCACUGAGAGAGUUCUUCAGACAUAUUCAUGCCCCCGAGGAGCGCGGGGAAUAUCUUGAGACUCUCAUUACGAAGUUCUCUCACAGAUUCUGUGCUUGUAACCCUGAUUUGAUGAGAGAGCUUGGCCUUAGCCCUGAUGCAGUUUAUGUACUGUGUUACUCUUUGAUUCUUCUUUCCAUUGAUCUAACCAGCCCUCACGUGAAGAACAAAAUGUCAAAGAGAGAAUUCAUCCGGAAUACACGACGAGCUGCGCAGAAUAUUAGUGAAGAUUUUGUAGGGCACCUUUAUGACAACAUCUACCUUAUUGGCCACGUGGCUGCCUAAACGCACAAUUUACUAGCACAGUUUGUAAUUUUCAAAAACUACAUAGUUUCAAGAAAUAGAUUAUUUUGUAGAGAUGGGGGUUAUUUUAGUGCUGGUCAUUCUAACCUCUGUAUGCAAUCAAAGUUUGUGUGUAAGUGUAUGUAUGUGUAAACUACCUUUUCUAUCUAUUUACUGUGGGAAUGGAAGGAUUUGGAGAUUUGUUUUUCAUAAUUUUUUUUAAUUUUGCACAGAAUAGUGCCAUUAGUCUGACACAACUAAUUACAAAUGUUAAAACUGACAUUACAGUCUAAGCUGACAAAGUGGUGGAUUUGUGCAUUAGAUCUGCUUGAAACUUUAAUAAUUUCAUUCUUUUUAAGAUACUGUGUAAUGUGUAUAUAUUUAACUAAAGAGAUUUAUAAUCAUAAUUAUUUUAUUGUAAAAUAUUUUAACUAAAAUUGCUCCUCUCUCUUAAAAGCGUACUUCCUUCUUUUGCAUUAAACUUUUUUUUUUUAUAGUGCUAAUUACCUCAGAUACAUAAGUUAGAGAAAGGUAGAUCUCAAUACUGUGAUAAAGUCUGGGGGUUUUUUUUGUUUGUUUUUUGUUUGUUUGUUUUUUUCUGAGAGAUGGCAGAACACUUGUAAAGUAUCUAAGUUAAUAUUUAAUACUGUAUGACUAACUUGAAUAACCAUAUUGGUCACAUAGGCAUAGCCUAGGGAAAAUGUGCAUGUUGCACAGAGAUAGAAAACUUAUUUUGCUGGCAGCAGUUAAUGGUGGUAUAGAACACCUACAACCAGCUAUUCAGCCCUGUAAGCAAAGAAAACUUAAACAGGAAAAGCAGUGUAGGGAAGCUAACAUUGCUGCUUUCAACCAUCUCCCUCAGUGUGGAAGUGUCAGUGAUGGAAACGGCCAGGUAAAUUUAUAGCAGAUGAGUCAUUGUUAAAGCUGCUAAGAGCUGUGACCGAGUGAGCUUAGAAUGGUGACUGUGCAAGACUGGAGCUGUUUCAGACUGUUUUGGCCAACUCAGACUCUUCCUAAAUAUCUUCUGUAGCUAGAUUUUAAAUAGUUCUAAACUUUUGAAAAUACUUGAAAAACGGUUUCAAUCAGGUUGUGUCUUAUAUUCUCUGAAACAUGCAGAAUAUUAGCCGUGCAUUUGCAGUGCAAGUGCAGGAAGUUAUUAAGCAUUUGCCUUGUUUUAGUUCAUACUGCAGUACUUCUCAUAAACUGACAUUAUAUGUAGUUGAAAUAAGAGCCAUUCCUUAAUCUCUUCCUGAUUAUAUUUGCUUAUAUAAUACUCAGCUAUCUCUAGCAUCUGUUUUUAUCAUAAUAACUAAUAGAUAUAUCAUUUUUACAUACCACACCAUGUGAUGAGGUAGGAAGAUGUUCUUAGUUGUGUUUUACAAGCCUCUGUAGAGGUGGUUGUUGUUUGUUUUUAGUGCAAGAAGCUUAUGGCAGAGCCAGAAACUGAAUGCAGCUCAUACUCAUAGACAUAUACUUUGCCUACACUGCUGCUUUCUUUUUGGCACUGAGUGGAUAUUACAUUUGUUUUAGAUGUGAGAAGAAUGAUGACUGACAGUAUACUAAUUUCAGUCUACAUAAGGGCUACAUAAAUAAUGGGGGGAAAAACAGAGCUACAGCUGGUACCUCAAGUAUUUAGUAAAAACAGUUAUACUCAUCACUCUCAUCCACAUGCAAAAAUGCACCCAGAAAGAAUUGUAUUUUUUAAGUAAAUUACCUCUAAUCAAAUUUAAACAUAAUUUGUGUGGCGUACACAACCAAAGUCGGGAGCCAGCAGUAUUGCAGCAAUCUUCCUGUGAAGUUUUACAGUAUUGCUUCCCUCUCUCAGGGUAAGCUCUCAUCACUUCAUUCUGGGUCCUUUCAUAUAUUUCAGAAGGCUCAAGGAUACAUUCCUUAAUCAUUAGUCAUCAAUUAAUGUCAAACACAAAAUGUUAAAGGCAUAAUAUUAAACAUUGCCUUAGGCAAAGCUCUCUAGUCCUGUUUAAAAACAAAAAAAAGUUGUUAAAAAAAAAAAAAACAAGAAGGGUAAGCAUGUGCUCCUACUUGUGCAUGAAGGCUGCAGAAUACCACUUCCUAAAAUACACUCUUCAGAUGUUACAUACAUACAAAUAGGAAUUCCAUGAAUUCUGAAGUUUCAACAAGUUACAAUCUUAUCAGGAAAAGUUUUCUUCUGGGACCACAAAUGCAGCUCAGAGUCUAAUUCUCUUUUUCCUGGCCCCUCCGUUGACAUCAGAGAUAGUGGUUUUGAUUUUACACUGAUAUGAGAGUACAAUUCAUUAAUCUACAUUUCUCUUAAUUUCUAGUGACUCUCAGUUCCUAUCCUAAAACAAAACAAAGCCUCCAGGCAGGCAGAAUGUGUUCUUUCUGGAGUAGUUGAAUACAUCUAUUAACAAGGUUUAGAAAGCUUCAAGGCCCAUGUAAUAGCCAAGAAGAUAAAUUAGAAACAGGAGAAUAUGCUUAAAGUUUCUGUAAAUCCAGAAGGAAAAAAAAAAUUACUCCUAUAAAUAACAGCUUCUGAUCUUCACAAGAAAUUUUGAAUAGUGUUAAUUGAUUAGCACCUAUCUCAUGUUAUACAUUAUAUUAGCAGCUCAGAGUGGAUAGAAAGCAUCUAACUCAACGUGCCAUGUGUGAAUUCUUUUAGAAAUAUCCAAUAAACCAAAACUGACAAUAAA